AUCGCUGGGAGCCACAUUAAAGCCCCUUAUUUGCUUGCCUACAUUUUUGAAGAUGUUAGAACAAAGCGCUGUUUUGCUCUGUUUUACCGAGUGGUGUUUUUUUCUCCAGUUUAGGGUGGUAGUUUUCUUUUUUCCCUGUUUAACAGAGCUUGGAGGGAAAUUCCAAGAAGGACCGGAAAGGACUACGGAGGACCUCCAGUAGAUGCAGAGUUACUACCACUUAAGGGUCUCUCGGAGGAACUUUGCCACAAUUUUGUGGGCACCAGUCCAGCAGUUAAGAGCCAACAGAGCACUCGCCACGUAAAGACUCCGGUGAAAGGAUCUCGCUUGCUUGCUUCUGGAUUGGCUGAUCAGGGCUGCGCGCACUCCUGUUUCCUAAAUGACACCUGAAGUGGAGCAGUCCACCCAGUUCUCGGCCCCCUGACUCUAGACUCACCGACUCUAUCAUGGGAAACUCUCCAAGCGUCCCAAGAGAUUCUCCCCUAGGAUGCAUCCUCGCUAAUUGGAAACACUUUAAGUUAGAUAACCUAAAGAAAAAGAAAUUAAUUUCCUUUUGUAAUGUGGCCUGGCCCCAGUAUUCUCUUGGGGAGCAAGAAAAAUGGCCUGUGAAUGGUUCUUUAAAUGAUAAGACCAUUGCCCAGCUGUACCUCUUUUGUCAACGCUCCAACAAAUGGUUGGAAUUUUUCUAUGUUCAGGCUUUUGUGAAACUGCAAAAGGACCUAAAGCACCAACGUUCGUGCCAGGUCUGUGUGGCCUCGCUCUCAAAGAAACCUGACCCCGUGACCCAAUCCUCUUCAGAUUUCAAGCUCCUUGACCCUGUUUUGGCACCUCCUAGUAUGGCUCCAAGGGCCUUCCUCAACCCCUUGCCUCCCAGUCACCCAGUCUCAGUUGCUGAGCCUCUCCCACAUGCCCCUGCUCCUAACCCCUCUGCCCUCUCGGCUCCAAACCGUUCUCCUUUCCCAGCUCCAUCCCCUGCUAGGACCUUGCCUCCCAGUCACCCAGUCUCAGUUGCAGAGCCUCUCCCACAUGCCCCUGCUCCUAACCCCUCUGCCCUCUCGGCUCCAAACCGUUCUCCUUUCCCAGCUCCAUCCCCUGCUAGGACCUUGCCUCCCAGUCACCCAGUCUCAGUUGCUGAGCCUCUCCCCCAUGCCCCUGCUCCUAACCCCUCUGCCCUCUCGGCUCCAAACCGUUCUCCUUUCACAGUUCCAUCCCCUGCUAGGACCUUGCCUCCCAGUCACCCAGUCUCAGUUGCUGAGCCUCUCCCCCAUGCCCCUGCUCCUAACCCCUCUGCCCUCUCGGCUCCAAACCGUUCUCCUUUCCCAGCUCCAUCCCCUGCUAGGACCUUGCCUCCCAGUCACCCAGUCUCAGUUGCUGAGCCUCUCCCACAUGCCCCUGCUCCUAACCCCUCUGCCCCCUCGGCUCCAAACCUUUCUCCUUCCCCAGCUCCAUCCCCUGCUAGGAACAGAGCCGGACUUAGACGACCUCCUCCAGAAACUCCCCCUUCUUUUCCUCCUCCUCCUCCUCCUCCUGCAAAUGGUUGUUUCCCCCUUCAAGAAGUUGCUCACAGAAAUGGGGGAAUUGCUGGAGUCCACAUCCCCUUUUCUGUCACCGACAGGAGCCAAUACAAGGAGAUAUUUGGAAACUUCUCAGAGGACCCCAGUAGGUUUCAGAAUAAAUUUCUUAGGUUUAGUUUAACUUAUUCCCUAACUUGGCAAGACGUCCUGGACAUUCUAACCUACUGUUGUACCCUGGAUGAGAAGGCCCAUAUUUGGGCACAGGCCCGAGAGUAUGCUGAUAGCCUAGUUGUCACUAACUCCCAACAUGACGUGAUCAGAUUGGCGAGGGAGUCAGUCCCAGACCAAAGCCCUCAAUGGGACUAUGGGGAUCGCCUUGGUAGGGCUAGAAUGGAACAUUUUAUUGCCUGUAUAUUAGAGGGCAUGCACAGGUGCCAAGUUAAGCGGGUAAAUUACGAUAAAAUUGAGAUCACCCAGGAGAAGGACGAAAACCCUGCUGUUUUCCUCAACCGGCCCUCUGAAGCCAUGAAAAAGUAUACCAACAUUUACCCUCAGUCAAUAGAAGGAAAGGUGUUAUUGGCCAUGCACUUCAGGACCCAGACUACUCCAGACAUUAAGAGAAAAUUCCCAAACUCAGAAAUCAGACCCUACAUUCCAGUGUCUACCUUGGUGGAGGAGGCCAUCACAGAAUAUAAUCAUCGAGACCAGGCACAGGAAGCCAAGAAAAAGAAGAGAUUAAAAAAGAAAAUCAGACCACUACCUCGAGAUGACCCUAGACCCAGGAGACCAGCCCAACUUAAAUACCAAAGGUGGUCCGGGGUAGGGUGGAACCAAUGUGCUUAUUGUAAAAAGGAAGGACACUGGAAACGAGACUGCCCAGCAAAAAGGAGGAAGCACAAAAACAGGGAAUGCCUUGAUCACCCCAGGAAGCUGGGGCGGGUCAGCAACCCUAAUCGGCCCUCUCUCCCAGCCAACCUCUCGGAAGGGACAACCUCUGACUGGGGAGACCCGAGCGUUCACCCCGCUCUGACUCUUGGAAACUCCAUCACUAUCACACCCGCAGAGCCUUGGGUCACUCCCAAUGUGGCAGGUACGAAAUCUGAGAUUUUACUAAAUCCUAGAGCUGCCUUCUCUGUCCUGACUCGGCCGGGUGGCCCACUCUCCAAUUGUGACUGCACGGUUAGGUGGAUAAACGGGAAGCCUAAGGUAAGACCAUCUACUUUUACCUGUGAUACAGGAUCUAAAACUAUAGAUCACUCUUUUCUUUGUGAACCUGAGUGCCCAAUUCCCCUCAUUGGUGGAGACUUCAUAAGGAAAUUAGGAGCCUCCAUGUUUCUUCAGGAAGGUGUUGACCAAGUCUCAGAACCAGUCCAGGGAAUCCAUUUAUUGGCCCUCCAGACUUCCCCAAAACUGAAGCUUUCCACCCUUCCAGAGGAUAUUAGAGCCCAAGUCAAGGCUACAGUGUGGGAUACUGAUACCCCCGGUCGUGCCAUAAAUGUAGAACCUAUUCAAAUAAAAUUGAAACCAGGAGCAAAAUGCCUGUGGCAGUGCCAAUACCCAUUAAGACCUGAGACCCUGAGGAACAUUCAGUCCCUUCUAGAGAAAUUCCUUAAACAUGGAUUAAUUAGACCUUGCCAAUCUCCCUGGAAUAGCCCGGUCUUCCUGGUAAAGAAGCCCAAUGGGGAACAGCUCUUUGUUCAAGAUCUUCGGGCAGUUAACAAGAUGGUAGUCCCUACUGGCCUAACAAUCCCCAACUGCUAUACGCUCCUCACUCAGAUUCCCAGGGAAACCCAGUACUAUACUGUACUGUAUUUGGAAGAUCCUUUCUUCUGCAUCCCCUUACAUCCAGACUCCCAAGAUUUGUUUGCUUUUGAAUGGAAAAAUCCCAAGACUGGUGAAGUUGCCCAGUAUACCUGGACAGUAUUACCCCAGAGCUUCCGGGAUAGCUCUCAUCUCUUUAGUAAUGCCCUUGCUAAGGAGCUCAGGAAGCUUAAACUUAAAAAUGGGAAAUUGUUACAGUAUAUAAAUAAUUUGCUCAUCACCAGUACCAACUAUCAAGACUCCCAACACAAUACUAUAAUGACCCUAAAUUUUUUAGCCGAGCAGGGAUAUAAGGUAUCCCCCACAAAGGUCCAGAUUUCCCUACAAAAGGUCCAAUAUCUAGGGUUUAUCCUCACCCCAGGAGCCCGGUUGCUGGCCCCAGAUCGCAAAAGGGCAAUCACCUCGUUUCCAGUCCCUACCAACAAAAAAGAACUGCGUAGGUUCCUAGGGGUGGCAGAAUUUUGCCGAAUCUGGAUCCCGAACUUCGGGCUAAUAGUAAAGCCCUUAUAUGCGGCUUUAAAAGGGAAAGAAAGAAAACUCCUACCCUGGGAUCAAAUUUGUCAGCAGGCAUUUGAGACUCUCAAGGCUAAAUUAGACCAAGCCCCUGAACUUCGACUGCCAGACCUGAGGAAGCCGUUCUUCCUUUACAUUCAUGAAGAAAAGGGGAUAGCUUUAGGAGUCUUAACCCAAAAGCAGGGGCUGCUCCAACGACCCAUAGCUUACUUCUCUAAACAAUUAGAUUCGGUGGCCCAGGGUUGGCCCGGCUGCAUAAGGGCUGUGGCUGCCACUGCUAUUUUAGUAAAGGAAGCCUUAAAGUGGACCUUAGGAAAAUGGCCUGAAGUUUUCACUCCCCAUCAGGUGCAGACAGUAUUAAAGGUCAUGGGACAUCGCUGGCUAACAGCAAGACGGAUCAGACAAUACCAGGCUCUACUCCUACAUACCCCUGACCUCACUCUAAGGACUUGCCAGACUUUAGAUCCUGAAACCCUUCUACCCGUUACAGAAGGGAGGGACUUAGAGCAUUCCUGCAUGGAGACUCUAAACAGGUUUAAUAUAGCAGGCCAGAUUUAAAGGAUGUCCCUUCAGAAGAUGCAGAGGAAGAAUGGUUCACCAAUGGGAGCAGCUUUAUAGGAAAGAGCACCUGGAAAGCAGGACAUGCUCUUCAUUGUCAGCCUAGAUAAAGUAAUAGAGGCUAGGGCACUUGCCCUAAUACCUCUGCACAGAAGGCAGAGCUAGCAGCCCUAAUCCAGGCACUACAGUUAGGAAAGGAUAAAAGACUCAACAUUUACCUGACUCUAAAUAUGGGUUUCUCCUACUACAUGCCUAUGUAGCCAUCUGGAAAGUGCAAGGGAUGCUAACUGCAAAAAAUUCCCCCAUUAAACUUAAGGAGCUAAUAUUACUCCUAGAAGCAGUCCAGCUUCCUUCCCAAAUUGUUACACACUGGAGGGGCCACCAGAGAGAUCAUUUUUAAAUUAAUUAUGUAGACCAGGCAGCUUCACAGUUCUUAACACUCAGGAUCCUUGCCCUAACAAUUGGACAGCCAGAUCUUCUCUGGCCUUAAAUAUACUCCCACAGAGAGGUAAGCUGAGAAAGGGGAAUACAGCCUAAAUGAACCAGGGUGGCUAAUAGAUGACAAGACUGGAGUACCUUCCCAGGUGAGGGCUGGCACAACUUGUAAAAUAAAUAACUCCUACCAUCCCUAGCCACCCCUAUCUAGGCCCUUCUAAAUGGCUACACAAUCUUAACCCCACUGCUCAAACUAUAUGGAACUCCAUUAAGGUGUACCUACUGAAUAUCACUUGGCUCCUUCCCCUCCUGGGACCCCUGGAAGCUAUCUUACUUUGAUUAUUUUUGGACCCUUGCCUCUUUAACUUCAUCAAGACUGCCUUUUCGAGGCUACAAUUCCACGUUAAGCUGAUCGUAGUACAAGCCUUCCAGCCCAUCCCAGACAAGGAUCAGAGAAUUUUAUUCCUCCCAAGUAUAGGGACGUAGCAAGAAGUAGUUACAGAAGAAGAGACCUCCAACCCUAAUCCCUAAAUGAUAAGGGCCAAAUGAAAGAGUCUUCUCACUGUAGGAAUUUUAAGUCUCCUUUUCCCUAGUUUCUUAGCUCCCUAGUCCUGAGUCUUAAUCACUUUUUAAAUCUGUUUCUUAAGCAAAAGAUUGUUCCUAGCCUGAAUCCUAGUCUCCUAUUCCCUGCUUCACAUAAUUACCCAGAAGCUUGUGAUUUAUGCUUGUUGAUUGUAAUCACUGUGGCCCAGCAUUCUUUCUAGGCCAUUCGGGGCCCAGCUCCUGGGUGAACAAUGCCACCUAAAUGAUCAGUUAAACCAGAGGAAAAAGCCACAGGCUCCAUGAAGCUGAAUGGAUUUUCCACCACGUCACCCUGCGUCAGUAGCUUGGAGUCCUGCUUCUUGAGCCGAUGCUUUUAAAUAUUAACUAAAAUCUAUCUCCUCAUCUAGGGGCCAUCGGGAUACAAAUGAUGCCCUAGCAAAGCUUCCGGUACAUCCCGACCAAAGAGGUCAACACGGUCUUCCAGGCAGAUCUUGAGACCCCUCCCUCUUAUCAAAGAUCAGAUAGGGCGAGAGUUCCGUGAAUCCCCAAUAGGUAGGGACAACGACCACAUUCAGCAGGAAGCAGAUACAGAAGAAAAGACCACCUUCCCUCAACUUCCCAUAGAGAUUUACGGGGAUCACGCCUCUCGGGGGGAAAUAAGGCAGGCAGUUAAGAGACAGGAAUGGGGUCUCCAAGUCCUCGCCAGUUAGCACCUUUCGAGCCACUCUUGCUGGGGCCCACUCCUAUCCCUUCGGAGUGUACUUUCACUUCUAAUAAACUGCUCUUUCACCACUGCCUUUUGGUGUCCCACUCAAUUCAAGAUAUCCAAAACCUGGACACUGCCGAGAAGGGCCUGUGCUCUGGUAACGUUAAGAAUAAGAAGAUAAAAUAUCGGGGUGGAAAUGAGACAGCAUAGGGACUGGGGCUCCAGGGCCCUUGCAGAUGUGAAAACCACUAUUGUGAAUGUACAGUUGUCCAAAGUUUGACCGGAUAUAACCUUCCUGGGGUGGCAAUAAUGAGCAAUCCGCCAUCUUGCCCCCACAGCGCAGGCGUGAGCAUACCAGGCAACUGCAACUGGAAAAAGUCACCCCAUCCUAAAAUGGGAGAUUCCAGAAGCCUACCUUUUUCAAAAAGACCACUUUGUCCCCAGCUUAUAAAAGCAGCCCAGCAGAGUCACCCCAAGUCAGUCCUGAGGAACUUCCUUUCCUCUGUGCUGCCGCCCCUGUGCUUGAGCAUAAGCUUAACAAAAUUUGGGAAUUUUUCUGGGGUCUCCUCUCGAUUACUAUCUUGGGGAACCCAAGAACUCAGCACUGGUACUAGACUCAUGCCAAACUGCUCACUGGCUAUUUCUACCCAUUUGUCCCAACUAAACCUAUCCAAAUGCAAAUUUAUCCAAACAACCCCCACCCUCUUCGCUCUGUUUCCCUAAAUUGCACCAACAGCCUUCCAGGUGCCUAAGCCAGAAUCAACUCCCUGCAGCUCAACAGCAUAUCCAGUCGGUUACUUCUUUAACGUUUCUUCCCCUUUUUUCCAGUCUCUUAUCUGCUUCAUCAUCCUCUCUUAAACGAGCAGCAGCCCCUGCAGAUUUUUUUGCAUGAUCCUCCACCUGCCUUCCAUAGAAAUCUUUGCCAAAAAUUCUGUUUCUUCCUCCUCAACUUCCCAUUCCUGGGAAUUUUACAUCCCCCACAUCAUUUUCACCCUUCCUGAGGAUCCCAUAAGGACAAGGUGGAAUGCUUUAGAGGAAAGAAUAGACUUAAUUUCUAUUCCUUGAACCCUUUUCUGGUCUCUUUUAUCUUCACCUUUAUUCAACAUUUACAGAGUACAUGCUACUUAUCAAGCAGUGGGUAUACAGAUAACAGGCUAGUACAAAGAACUCUAGUGAGAUGUCUCUAGAAAAUGGAGACAAUCUGAACUCUGGAAGUUACUUAAUACCAGCUGUCUGUAGAGAUUACCUCUGGUAAGAAUGCCGGUAUAGGUUUGUGAAACACCCAAGUACAGUCAAAGGUGAUGGGAGUGUUUCCUCAAUAGUAGAAUAUAACUGAAGAUAAUUCUAACCCAAUCAAUUUAUCAUUUCAGAAGAUGCAUGUAUUAAUAGAAAGAUGUGGUACACAUUUUUAUAAACGGCAAUGACAGGAUUGUAUGCUAGAUACAAAAGUUUGGGCUAUUAUGGAAGGGUCCCUAGUUAUGAAAAUAGCCUUUUCUCACAGCUGGGUGAAAUAUUUCUGAGCACUAACUCUAAGCUCAGAUUCUGUGCUCAAUUAACAACUUUCCCAUUAUUCCAUUUCAAGAUAAAAAUAUGAGACUGAGAAGGGGAGAGCCAGUUAUGGGAAGAUACCUCUAUCACUAGAAGUUAAUGAAUUUGCAUUCUGGACUAUUCAUAAAUUUGUUGUGUGUUUUGUUAGUGCAAGUCUCUCCCCAAGAAGUCAGUCAACUUUUGAAGUUCUGGUCAUGUCAAAUAUUCAGACCUACAGGGUCUGAGUGCAGAUAGUUUGGACCCCACAGUUCUGGCACCCGGAAAAGCCCCUGUUUGAGGGACCCCCCCCCUCUUUGAGACCUGACCUUUUUUUUUUUUU